AUGUAAAAUUACUAUUAAUUACCUUUAUCUCCAAGAUAGUUUGUAAGUCACAACAAUUGUACUUUAAAUCAAUCUCCAAGGCAUUAUGCUUAAGUUCCAAUCUCUAUAGUCCCAUAAUAAGCUUAAGUUGUUGAUUUAAAAUAGUAUGAAAAAAAAUGGAUGAAAAAAAUAUAACAAUUAGAGGAGGAAUUAUGUUAUUGUUAACAAAAGGCUUCAUAUUUAGAAAAAGAAUAUGUACGCUAAUACACUAUGAUAGGAAGAUUUAGCUUCUGAAGCUUAAGGUUACAAGGAGGAAAUUAGAAAGUUAAAAUCAAACUUAUAUCAGUGUGAUAAAUUAGAUAUUAUGAAUCAAAUGAGCAGAACUUAAGAAAAUAACACUAUCAGUACAGCAUUAGAUUCUGAGAGAAGACUUGAUGAUAAAGAAGAUAAUUUGAAAGAUUAAAUAAUUGAAUUACAAAAAGUCAUCAUAAAAUUAUAAAGAGAGUCAUCAUAAAAUAAAAUAGAAGCAAUCAAAUGGAAGAACAAAUAUAUUGAAGUUAAUAAAUUAUACAAUGAAUUAUCAGUAGAAAAAUAAAAACCAUGA